UAUCCGUGACUUCUCGCGAUAUCUGCUGCUACUCAUAAUCGUGCAAAUUGAGCAAUUAUUAGUUUACGAGCGAUUAUCCCUUCUCGCACCGCGCGCGAGUUAAAAUAAUACAUCAACACUUCACUCUGAACAGUCGUUCGUUCUCUUCGAAACGCGUUGCUUCGUUGCCGACAGAUUAAUUUUUCGAUUUUUCUCGCAAUCGCAACUGACACAAUGACAAGCUGUGAAGCUGUGAAAGUAGAGAGACUGACGGAACCCUAUGGCCUUUCCGAAGGUCCUCACUGGGACCAUCGAACUCAAAAAUUGUACUUUGUCGAUAUACAUAAUCAGUAUAUACGUAGACUGGACCCUGCGACAGGUGUUGUAACCAGUGCUUAUAUAGAACAUGGCCCUGUUGGAGUUGCUAUACCUGUGGCUGAUACGAGUGACAAACUCGUAGCAGGCUCUGGAAAAGAUCUUAUUCUUGUCACCUGGACUGGAGAUAAGGAUGAGAAGAAAGCACCAUACAAAGUCCUGUCUUCUAUUGAACCUCCUUCUAACGAUACAAGAAUUAAUGAUGGAAAAAUAGACCCGUCUGGAAGAUUCUGGUUCGGUACUAUGGCAAAUAUAGUUAAUGGAGAUUUAGCUCGUAACCAAGGAUCAUUAUAUCGUGUUGAUGAUACGCUUGAAUGCGUAAAGCAAAUAAGUUCUGUCACAUUAAGCAAUGGAUUAGCCUGGAAUGUCGAGGACAAUAUUUUCUAUUACAUCGAUACAUUAACGCGUCAGGUGGCAGCAUACGAUUAUGAUCCGAAAAGUGGCUCAAUAUCUAAUAAGAGGAUUGCAUUUGAUUUGGAUAAGGCUAAUGUGAAAGGACUACCUGAUGGAAUGACCAUAGAUACAGAUGGCAAUCUUUGGAUAGCACUAUGGGGAGGAUAUCAAGUCAUCCAGGUGAAUCCAAAAACACAAGAAGUAUUGAGAAAAGUUAAGAUUCCAGCUGAAAAUGUAACCAGUGUCGCUUUUGGUGGUCCGCUUCUUGAUAUUCUGUAUGUGACUACCUCGGGCUACGAAUUAACUGAACAACAACGAAAGGAAACUCCUUAUGCUGGUUCUCUAUUCGCAGUGAAGGGCUUGGGAGUUCGUGGAAGUCUUGCAAAUACGUUUGUAAUGAGUGGAAAGUAAACAACAGAUGAUUAAAAGAGAGAUGUGCGAAUA